CCUCAAUGUCUUUGGAUGAAGUUGAACUUUUCUUCUCUAUCUCAUUUGCAUGUUCAAUUAAAUUAUAGACAUCUUCCUUUCGGUACAAGUUGGAAAAAUGCCGUACUCUUUUGCUCGCUGUCAAGAUAAACAUAUAGGCGCUGCCCAUGGUUCUGAAAUCUGUCACCGUCUUAGCUACCUGCUUUUGCCUGUUGUUUCACGUAAUGCACUGGAUACGCUUUUUUUGCCCUGACUAUGUUUUGUAGCAUUUCAUAUGAAACAUCACAUACAUGCUGCUCAGAAGUGAUGGUCGUAAUGCUUCUAUUGACUAUUUUUCUAUUGAAUUAUAUCUGUAUUUCUCCUUUGAACUCCUAGCAGUAAAAUCAUAUUAUUUUAUAAUUUACUCUUUCCUUGAAAACAGCCCCCCACUCGAGAGUUGUUACAUUGGAUUUGUUUUGACCAGUGCGUAUGGCCUGGCUUGAUUGAACUAGUGUUGCUGUCCAUGGGUCUGAAAAGGCUCUACACUUCAGUGCUUAAUCUUCGCGCCAAGCGUUCAAGGUGUAAAUUACUUCCUGCUACACUGUACAAUAGUGUUGCACUUCACGAAUGUGUUGAUGUGUCAAAUCCCAACAAAGUUGUACAUAUAUUAGGUAAUGUGAGAAAAUAGGCACGAAAGGUUACAACGCAUGGGAAAUGUACAUAUACGUCGUGUUUCAGAUUGCACAAUUGCCAUUGACAUUAUAAGCGCCUAUAGAUGCAUACUGUAACUUUAUCCAUGUCAACCCUGUCAAAAGGUUUGUUCAGCAUGCGUGAACGCUUAUCAAGUGCUGUCUAUGUUGCUGAAACCGUUCUCGCUCUCUGCUGAUGAACGUUAAUUUUAGAUUGAUAGGCCAGCACGUUGCUGUGUGUGAUCAAUGUCUCGUGUUUGUUUUAUGCAUUGAUUCUUAUAGAUUCUGCUAUUGUUAUCCGAAGAUGACACUAGAUGACACGUUUUUCAUUACAUGAGGUUGAUUUACUUUUCUUAUGUUUUCCAUUUUUUUCCUCCAUUUAACAGAACAGUUUGACUUUUACAUAUAUAGGCCUUUAUGUGACUGAAUGAUCAACACGAGGUUGUCUACUUCAGGUUAUCUCAGUAUUGUAAAAAAAAAAAAAAAAAACUCAAAAUAUACAUUGUAAUGUAAAGAAUAAAAUACGUAUAAAAGUAACACACGGUGUCACUAUGGACCACAAAUGGGAGAGAUGUUAUCGAGAUACUGUAACUCCUCCUCUCUGAAUGAAAAAGAGUCGAGCGCCACCAGUCUCGAACGAAUUGUGAAGCGAUGAACUCGAAUGGUGGUGAGACGGAGAGGGCUGGGCUGUACAGGAUCUCUGACAUAUAACGGAAUAUUCGAGAGUUUUAAUGGGUACUUGACCAUUACUUGGAUUCAGUUGUUUUGCGCAAGCAGCGAUGGGUUGUCGAAGACAAAGAGAACGUGUUUGGAUUCAGUGCGUCGCGUUGCUUUGUUUAUUUGACUGGUCUGCAGCGCAGAUCUCUUACUCCGUUUCAGAGGAGGUGGACAAAGGCACUUUUGUGGGGAAUCUCGCUAAGGAUUUAAACCUUAAUGUUCAGGAACUGGAGUCGAGGGCUCUAAGGAUUGCAUUCGGUCAGAGUAAGAGAUUUGUCGAGGCUAAUUUGAAAACAGGAAUUCUGUACGUUAACGAGAGGAUAGACAGAGAGGAGCUUUGUCCGAAUACGGCAAAGUGCUCCUUAAAUAUAGAAGCCAUAUUGAGCCAUCCUAUGCUUAUUCACCGUAUUGAAAUACACAUAUUAGACAUCAAUGAUAAUGCACCUACAUUUCUAGAAAGCUUUCAUAUAGUUAACAUAUCAGAGUCUUCCUCCUCUGGAGAGAGAUAUCCUUUACCGAUUGCCAAUGACGCAGAUAAGGGCAGUAACUCGGUAAACAGCUACAAGCUGAGCCCGAAUGAACACUUCUCCCUGGAUGUACAGAGCGGUGGAGAGCAGAGUGUGUCUGCUGAGUUAGUUCUGCAGAAAGCUUUAGACCGAGAGAAACAGCCCGUUAUCCAGCUCACACUGACCGCUAUAGAUGGAGGAAAACCUCCUAGAUCCGGGACUUCACAGAUCAUUGUUAACUUAAUAGAUGUCAAUGAUAACUCGCCAACAUUUGCUAAACCACUUUACAAGGUCCGUGUUAAUGAAAAUGUAUCUUCGGGGACAACAAUAUUGAAGCUAGAGGCUACGGAUUUAGAUGAAGGUACACAUGCUGACAUUGCUUAUAGCUUCAUGAAACGUGGAAAUGUAAAUUCUGCAGAUGAUUUUUCAAUAGAUGCACAAAGUGGUGAAAUUACUGUUAAACGGAAAUUGGAUCAUGAAGAAAAUGCUGCAUAUGAAAUUCGAGUUCAGGCGACGGACCAAGGCUCCUCGCCUCGCAGUGGUUAUUCUAAAGUGUUAGUAGAAGUUAUUGAUGUCAAUGACAAUGCUCCUGAAAUCGCAGUAACAUCACUUAUGAGCCCAGUAAAAGAGGAUGCUGAGAUAGGGACCGUGGUCGCCUUGGUAACAGUAACUGAUAAAGACGGAGGUAAGAACGGACUCACUAACUGUAAUAUUAUUGGGUCUGUCCCCUUUAAACUAAAGUCAAACUAUAAAAACUAUUAUUCGUUAGUGGUCGAUGGGCCUCUUGACAGAGAGAGCGCUUCUCAGUAUAAUGUCACCAUCACAGCUACAGAUGAAGGGACCCCGCCUCUCUCCAGCACCAGCGUUAUUACUGUACACGUUUCUGAUGUAAAUGACAACGCGCCUCUAUUCUCAGAACCCGUGGUGAAUGUUUAUGUGAAAGAGAACAGUCCGGUAGGAGACGUCAUUUUUACGAUUUCAGCUAUUGAUCGAGAUUCCGAAAAAAACUCAAAGAUUACAUAUACAUUAUUAAAUAAAAGGGUUCCAAUAUCAUCUGUAAAUAUAAACUCGGAUACUGGAGAUAUAAUCAGUCUGCAGUCUUUUAACUAUGAGGAGAUCAAAACGUUCCAGUUUAAAGUUCAGGCCACAGACUCUGGUGUUCCUCCACUCAGCAGCAACGUGACUGUGAACGUUUUUAUCUUGGAUGAGAAUGACAACAGUCCUGGGAUUCUCGCGCCCUAUUCUGAACACGGCUCCGUUAACACUGAGAACGUUCCCUAUUCUGCUGAAGCGGGCUACUUUGUGGCCAAGAUCAGGGCUGUAGACGCCGACUCUGGCUACAAUGCGCUGCUUUCUUAUCACAUCUCUGAGCCCAAGGGAACCAACCUCUUCCGAAUCGGAACCAGCACCGGGGAACUAAGGACUAAGAGGAGAAUGAGUGACAAUGACCUGAAAACUCACCCGUUGGUCGUGUUGGUUUCUGAUAACGGAGAACCCUCACUGUCAGCGACUGUGUCUAUUGAUGUAGUGGUGGAUGAAAGUACAGGUGAAAUCCAGACUCAAUUCAGAAAUGUGCCGAGAAAGGAGGAGAACUUCUCUGAUUUAAACCUGUAUUUGAUGAUCGCCAUUGCCUCGGUGUCAGUGAUAUUUUUACUGAGCCUCAUCAGUUUAAUAGCUGUAAAAUGCCACAGGACAGACGACAGUUUCAGAAGGUACAGCGCCCCAGUGAUCACCACACACCCUGACGGAAGCUGGUCUUACUCUAAAUCUACUCAGCAGUAUGACGUGUGUUUCAGCUCAGACACACUGAAGAGUGACGUAGUGGUUUUCCCCGCUCCGUAUCCACCUGCAGAUGCAGAACUGAUCAGUAUUAAUGGAAAUGACACGUUUAACAGAACACAAACAUUACCCAACAAAGAGGAGCCCAAGGUGCCGAAUUCAGACUGGCGUUACUCUGCCUCACUUAGGACUGGGAUGCAGAGCUCAGUGCACAUGGAGGAGUCGUCGGUGAUGCAGGGAGCCCAGGGGGUUCUGGUCCAGAACUGGCCGACCGUGUCUAGCGCCACCGGAGAUGCUGAGGGUGGAGAGACGUCCCCGCCCAUGGGAGCCGGAGUGGAUAGUAACAGCUGGCACUUCCGUUACGGUGCAGGCGGUCCCGGUGGGCCCCCCCAGCACCUGAAGCCUGGCGAAGUCCCCCCCGAAGCCUUUAUCAUCCCCGGAUCCCCCGCAAUCAUCUCAAUCCGCCAGCAGGGAGGAGAGGACGACAAGAGCGACUUCAUCACUUUCGGAAAGAAGGAGGAGGCCAAGAAGAAGAAGAAGAAGAAGAAGGAGAAGAAGGAUAAGAAGGAUAAGGGGAAGGAUGAUGACGAGUAGCGGAGGAGGAGGACGAGGAAGAGAAGGAAAGGGAGCUGUUAAAACAAAGGUACCAACCAAAGUCCACCUGGUAACAAAAAUACAAGUAUUUGAGACAACUGGUGAAAAGAGAGAUCCCCAGUUCAACUUCAUCAUCUCUGGCUCAGUAACACAGACAGGCAGACAAAGUCACACUGCCGUCCUCUGCUCAAUACCCACCCCUGGAACAAAGAUAAUAGCCCAGGUCUUUCUAACUCUCUCUGAUAAUAAUCUGGCCUUACCAAGAUGACUGUAGUUUAACGUCUCCUCCAAAGCCCUGUCUUGGGUAAUUGCUUAAUAAUCAUGCCUUGAUGAGAAAAAAUGUAUUGAUGCAUUUUCCUCCAUGCCCCCUGGUGCCUGCCUAUACACCCUGAGCCAAAUAAUACCCUCCCUUCUCAGCAAGGGAACAAGAGCUACUGUCUCCCCUUGCCCUCGGCUUUUCACCUUCUCUCCCACGGAUACGUUGGCACCUCGGUCUUACCCUUUCCCACCAUGUUGUAUAAUCUCUUUUCUUUGAAAGGAAAAGACAAUCUGAGGAUGAGAAGAAAACAGCUCUGUGCCAGCCUCGGAAAAAGAACAAAAAAGCAAAUGUCAAGAAGAAGAAAAGAAAGUAAAUCGAAGACACAGACAGCGCUAGAUGUUUAGAGCUGGACACUCACACUUGUAAAUAGCACAGGAGAGAGUCGCUAAAGCUGAGGCUAAAGGCUAACAUGACACUGCUGCUGCAGCAUCCUAUCGCGUUCUCUAUCUGUCAGUGUUCCCUGAGCCGGCAAGGAAAACAUGGCUGUCAAUGAUACACACAUACACGUUGACACACACACACUCACAAACAUGGACACUGAGAACACCUGAGACCUGGAGAGAGGUACAAAAUCUAGGAGCUGCCAACAAACCACAGCGAACAAAUAACAAUAUGUUUAAUACAAAACGCAAGCUUUUUCCCCAGCAGUACAGUCUCCUUAGCAGUACACACGUGUACUGUAGAUCUAGCGUCUCAGUAUCGACACAGCUGCAUCCCCUGCAAUAACUCCUGGUUGGUCUGCUCAAUACUCUAUUCUGGGACAAUGAGAUCUCUCUCUCUCUCUCAAAGCAGCCAACAGCUCAAUGAAAUCCCUCUCAGACAACAGCUCAAUGAGAUCCCUCUCUCUCAAAACAGACAACAGCUCAAUGAGAUCCCUCUCUCUCAAAACAGCCAACAGCUCAAUGAGAUCCCUCUCUCUCAAAACAGCCAACAGCUCAAUGAGAUCCCUCUCUCUCUCAAAGGAGCCAACAGCUCAAUGAGAUCCCUGUCUCUCAAAACAGCCAACAGCUCAAUGAGAUCCCUGUCUCUCAAAACAGCCAACAGCUCAAUGAGAUCCCUCUCUGUCAAACCAGCCAACAGCUCAAUGAGAUCCCUCUCUCUCAAAGGAGCCAACAGCUCAAUGAGAUCCCUGUCUCUCAAAACAGCCAACAGCUCAAUGAGAUCCCUCUCUGUCAAAGCAGCCAACAGCUCAAUGAGAUCCCUCUCUCUCAAAGGAGCCAACAGCUCAAUGCGAAGACAGAGAAAGAGGGAAUGAGAGAAAGGAGGAACACUUCAGAUUAUCUUGAGAACAAAAGAGACGAGUCCAGCUGAGUUGGCCUGUGAUCCAGCUUGUUGAUCAGGGCUCAGUUGGAACCUUGUAGAAUAGCAGGAGUGUCUCUAGCUAAAGAUGAUCUCUCCCCUGCCACUCAGCAAAAGCCUGAUGCUUUCUGCUCUGAAUGUUUGGUAGCAACCAUCCUUUACCUGAUACCCAACCUGAUCUCUAUCCUCCCCACUCCCCUGAGCUUUCCACCCUCAAAACCCCACACCACCCCUCCCUUACCCCAACCACAGACUGCUUCUUCACGUGAUGAUGAUGACAUUUGUGAAUCUUUUUCUCUUUUUAUUUGUUCUUGGAGAAGAGCCACGAUUUCCUUCUCUGUUUUGUUAGCUUUAACUGAUCUGCAGUGCUUCUUCUUGUCCCCCUGCCCUUCAUCUCUCUCUUUUUUCUGGCCAUAGACCCCCCCCUCUAACCCCUGUUCAUUCAGGGUGAACUGGGAAGGCCUACUCUGAACCUUGUGGCGUGCUGGGAUCAGUAAUAUGUGUGAGGCCUGUAGAACCCAGUCGGUGCCGGUGGUCCACUACUCUGUUAGCCAAUGUCAGAUGCCUCUAAGUGCAAAACGGUUCAGUGCUUUUAACUUGUGAAUACUACGCUGUUCAUUCCUGUUUGUGGUCACUGGCGAGAGGGGACGAGGUGGGAUGGGGACAGGGAUGGAGGUCUGGGGCAUGGUGCUGAGGGCUGUCCCUAUCCUCCAUGUUCCUGGGUAAACAUAUAUGGAAACAGUUGGCUUUUAUGUACACGAUAAAUGUAGAUUUAGACUUGCUUUUCAUACAUGGACUUUGCAUUAAUAAAUGCGAUGUGUAACCUGAUUAUUACAUUAUUAAUGACUAAAUACGAGCAUCUAAGGAUUCCUGCCCCACAGCUCUAUCCCACCAAUCCUCUUUCAGGAGGUUUUGUGAAGGGGUGGAGACAUGUUUCAGCCCUGCUUCUAUUGGUUCCUCCUUCCCUUGCCUGUAAGUUGUUGCCACACCCCCCAAGUUCUGCAGCUCAGUAUGACUUCACUCCACUAAAGUGGCUGCUGCAUGUAAGUCCCAAAGGAAACAUAGUAUAUAGAGAAAUAUAUAUAUAUAGAAAUAGAUGGUUAUGAUUUUAUUAUUUUGUAUUAUCAUUUUACUUCAUGACUCGCAAAGGAGAUAUUUGUGUGUACCGUCUCUACCAUGCAUCUUGUGCAUAUAACAUCCUACACACUCCACAGUGGUGUUAUACGUUAACUUAACCUCUUAGAUAUUUGUAAAUGCUAUAGUGUGAUGGCCUUGAAUGCAACUCUGUUCAUUUUGUUUUACCAAAAUAUAAUUUUUGUUUUUGAGAACAAGCAAAGAAAAGGAAAUAAAAAAAUAAAUAAAAAAUAUUAUAAUAAUAUGUUUUGUGUCCGGCUUUGACAUGAUGCUCUACCUAACACUAAUAUUGUAAUUGAAAUAUGUAUGAUCCUGUGAUGAGCUAUAUUUUCCCUUCCACCCCCUUUCAACAGAUAAAAUGUUAAAAAAUAACAGAAAAAAAGUCCAAUGUAAAAAUGGUAUAUGUAGUGUAUGCUUGUGUUUAGUGAGCGUUCACGCUGUCAUUCUUUAUUUAGAGUACGGUGGUGAACAAUGGUGGUGCUGUCCUGGUCUACUGGGCAGUACUGAUCUGUUGUAAAAACCUUUUUUUGUACACCUGCUCAUCUACUAUGACUGUAAAAUUGUGAAAUUGCAUUUCUUUCCGUUUUUUUAUUUGCCCUAAAUGGAUACAGUGGUAAUGUGUUUUGUUUAUAAAUCACUCAAUAAAGUUUUCUUUCAUAAAAAUGAGA